AUGUCGCCGAGGGAUUGCAAUGCGAGUUUGUUUUUGAUCUACGAGAAGUUAAUAGCAGCACUUUUGAGCGACUACAUUUCGCUGACAACCAUCAUCGGGGACGAGCGGGCAGAUAACGCCAUUAUACAGGCGAAAAUGUGUAGCUACAAUGCGGAACAUAUUCGUGCCUCGUACAAGCUGUACACGGUCGACACGUACUACAACAUGGUCGAAAUUGAUCGUGCCAAUCCGACGUACGGCUACGACUUUCACCCAUACCCCCACUGGGAGGCGUUUCAUUUCGAGGGAAACGAGUCGGCCAUUGUGGAGAUGGCGCUGCCAUCGAUUGCGUUCCGUAAUCCCAUCGCACGAGUCGUCCUUCUCGUGCGAGGCAUCGCCCGGUACGACAUGAUGCGGGUGUUUCGGGUGGCCUGGUUCCGGCACCGGAUGCUCAAUCUGCUGAUAUUGAGUCGCGUGGAUGACCGCACGCUGCUGGUGUGUCUGUUCAACCCGUACCUAACACCGCCGGAUGUGCUGGACGAUCGGAACAUGUUCUGCUGCCGGUUGAGCCACGUUGAUGAUGUCGCGACGUGUGGUGAUGCCAUGACGCGUUUUAUCAAACAGCGAGUGAAAAAUCUGCACCUGUAUCCGCUCAAGAUUGCCAUCACCGACGUGGAGCUAAUGUCGAAGGCGGUACACUUCCCAAAUGGGAGCAUCAGUCGGUACAAAUAUCUCGACGGUGAGAUCGUGGAAAUCAUGCGCGAAAGAAUGAACUUCACUAUCGAUUACAUCCAGCUGAACUAUCAGGAGUCGGUCGGGUUUAUCUCGGCGAACGGAACACCGGGUGGGACGCUGGAUAUGCUUGAGCGCAACACCAUCGACCUGGCGGCCAACUCCCGCUCCAUCAUGCGCCAGCCGAUGCGAAAUCUGCAGUACGUGCACUUCCUGUGCCCAAUCCGGCUGGUGUUCGUCGUGCCGUUCAACUACUUCAGCAACCGCUACAAGGUGGUGUUCUUUCAUACCUUCUCGCUGCAGAUGUAUCUGGUAAACUUCGCGCUGACCUUGACGCUGCCAUUGCUCCUGAUGGGCUUAGCACGACGUCAUCCGACGGCGAUCUUAUACUCGAAGGAAGCGUUCCGUACACUAGCCGUCCUGUUCGCGUCGAGUGUCGCUCUGCCACGGAACUACCGGGCACGGUUGGUGUUGAUGGGCCUAAUGUUCUACAGCAUCGUGGCGUACUCGAGCUGGCAGGGCGUAACGAUCAUCCGACUGAACCAGGACGAUGAGCAGCUGCGCAAUAUCCGCAGUCUGGAGGAGCUGGCCGAGACGGACUUGCAUCUGAAGGCGAUCAUUUCGUUCGGUAACGCGAUUCGCACGAAGGUGUGGAACGGAAGCGACGUCCGCGGGCGACUUGCGGCGCGAAUCAAGGUGGAGGAGGAACCCUCGGGCAAGAGCCUCAUCCCACAAGUUUCUGACUCCCGGAAUGUGUCCGUACCGAUCAUCCAGUACUUCACGGAGGUAGUGAAGUCGCUCUACUUCGAUCCGGCUCGCAAACAGAGCAAAGUACACAUUAUUCCGCAACCACUGCUAGAGUUCCUCACGGCGAUGGCGGCCCCCAAGAACUCGCCACUCUUUCCCACCUUUCGCCGGUUGACGAUGGACUGCCUGGAGAACGGAAUUGUCAACCACCAGCUGUCGCAGAUCCGCACCAAGGGCAUGCUGCUGCAGAUUGCCCAGAUUCGCAACAAAACGAUGCGAAUGGAACCACCCGCCAGGACGGUGAAUCUUUUCAACAUGCGUAACGUGUUCUACGUCUACAUGGGGAUGAACGGGGUGGCCAUUGUGGUGUUCUUGGGCGAGCUGAUACUGUAUCGCUAUCAGGUGCGAAAGAGAAGAGCACUUAUGCGGAUGAGGAGACGGAAGCGAGCGCAGCAACAAUCCAUCCGAUGGCUUUACAAUUAUUAG